UUAUCAUAGUAUUUUUACAAAAUGCAGAAAAAUAGGAUUGUGAGCGUGGCUGAGGGCCCAUGGGGCCGAGCGACUAUCUAUUCAGAUGAAUCGGAAGAUAAAACGACACAGAAAGUUAAGGCACAAGAAGACAGACCGAUAACAUUUCUCAUGGAAAAGAAACAGUCGGAGUUGUCGGAUCAGCAAUCGCAGCAGACCGUCGUUUCGUGUUUUAAGUUCGAAAACGCCUCAUUGAAGAGCUCUCUGUUCAAUGCCGAUGAUGUUUAUCGAUUACCUAGCUUCGAGGCAUCGUUAUUCGCUACUCUCUUAGAGGAUACCAUCACAGAGUUGCGGAUUUUAGUCGAGUGCAACACGGAGAUGCGCAUAAGCAAGCUCCAUUCUGACAUGGGGUUACUCCUGGCGCUCAAGUUCGGUGUGGCGCAGCCCUCGUUCAAAGACGUUCUGGACGGCAUCGACCCGAAGCACUUGGGCUGUAACGAAUAUAAACUCAACAAGCUGGAUGCAGACAGGAAAUAUCUAGCAGAAGUGCUCCAGACUUCAUACGCGGACCUGGCGCUGAACAAGUGCUACAGAACCCUCGCGGAGCACGUGAAGGAUGUCGUGGAACGGGACAUCUACCGCACUGAGCUGCAAGAGGCUGAGGCUAGACAUAGAAUACUGCGACGCGACACGAACCGACUUCUGCGUCAGCAGCGGAACCACAUCAAGUCAGUCACUUACGACACUGACGCUAUCAUCGACGAUCUCCGCACGCAAGUCGAGGACUUCACUCUCAACGCGGAGACGUGCGCCCGCUACGUCCAAAACUGGGAGCGCGCGCGCACCGAGCAACAUCUCCAGACUAUCUACGACGCCGAGUUCGAGCCUUCACAGGUGGUCGAGUACUUCAAGCAGCGUACAGAUCACGAGCAACGCGUGCAUACGGAAGUGGAACUGCUCAUCAACAUCGCUAUCAAUGAGACAUUGGAAGAAGUCGAAAGGUGGAUGGAGAAAUAUGACAGGGACAUGGAAAGAAUCGAUUUGAAAAUUCAAAUAAAGAAGAAUGAGUACCAAAACGCACGUGAUGAGAGAAUGGGAUUGGAGGACACGAUCGAAAAGCACGACAAGCUCAUGAAGGACUGGAUCCACUUUAAGGAGGAACGCGAGAAGGAGCGUCUGUACCGCGAGACCAUGAACAAGUCUGCCAUCACCGUGCAAGCGUGGUGGCGCGGGCUACUGGUGCGGAGGCAGCUCGGCCCGUACAAGCCGGCCAAGAAGCCGCCGCCCAAGAAGAAGUAGCUUUCUUAAUAAAGUUGUUUUUGAAGAGAUUGUUCAUGAGGUGUUUCUUUUGCUAGGUUUAUUGACUUUUAUAUUGCUUUUCAUUGACAAUUUUACUCUGCGUUGAACUGUGUUAUAGCACUAAGACUACCACGCCGCAUCGUGGCCAAGGCAUCCAUCAUCCAUAAGUGGAAGCGAGAAAUGGAUAUCAAUUUGUCGCUAUCACUUGAAAAUCGAUGACCAAUUUGUAAUCUAAAAUGGCGGACACACACUUUGUCACAGUCGCCUUGGGUGUCGUUGUGUAGGUUUUCAAGGGUGGCGCGGGUUGCUGGU